AUAAAAAGGAGAGGCCCACACAAUUGUGUGAUAAUCCACGUGUGCGCUUGCUGAUAAAUUGCGGCUCUCUCGCUCAUUUGUUCUUCGAAACCAGUGCAAGAAGAGCAAAUUCACAGACAAAGACUCCAUUUUUCGACCUACCCAGGUUAAAUGGCGAGCUCAGAGGAAAUACAGAAGGAGAGGGAGAAGGAGAGUGCAGAGGACGAGGAUUUCUCUGUGGAGCUUCCUGCUCCUCCUGGUUGGAAGAAAAAGUACUUCCCCAGAAAAGAUGGAACCCCCAAGAAAAAUGAGAUCAUUUUCAUUGCCCCAACAGGCGAGGAAUUCAGUGGCAGAAGACAGUUGGAUCAGUAUCUGAAAGCACACCCUGGUGGCCCAGCAACAUCGGAGUUUGAUUGGGGCACUGGUGAAACCCCAAGGCGAUCAGCUAGGAUCAGUGAGAAGGCUAAGGUCGCACCUGCACUGGAACCUGAACCCCCUAAGAAACGAAGAAGAUCAUCACUUUCUAAGAAAGAUAAUCUACAAACAGAAAAUGCUCCCAAAGGAACUGAGGAGCCAAAAGAAAUACACAUGGGGGAGGCUGAAAAGAAAAAGGAUAAUGCAGAUGUAGAAGUGGAAAAGGAUAUCGUGAAGGCAAAUCAAGAUAGUAAAGAUGAAGCACAAGAUACUGGUGCAAAAACAGAAGCAGCUUCUUCUAAAGAAGCCAAGGGAGAAGAUGUUAAUAUAUCAAAUGAUACUGAAAAAGAUGAAAAAAUACCCGACACUGAUCCAGAUCACCCUAAAGGGACGCAAAUUGGUACAGGUGCUGGUGAUUCUGGAGUGACGGAAGAUGAAAAUGAGAAAGUAGAGGGUGAAAAGGCUGAAGAGAAGUAUGAGGAACCACAAGUUGUGACAGAGAGAGAGCAUGGCUCUGGAGAACAGGACAAAACAUGUACAGAAAUUUCCAAGGAAGAGCAGAAUGAGAAGGUUGGGGAAGAAAAGGAUGAACACAUGAGAAGUGCUCCUGAAUCAGAAGGAGAAUUGAAGGAGAAAGCUGUGGAUGGCAAUGAUGAGAAACAAGGUAAGGCAGGUGUCAAUGAGCCAAGCAAGGAGGCGGAAGAAGUGACUGAGAAUGGCAGCUGUAGUGGCGAUGUCAACAAGGUUUAGCAUUAGUUAUUGUCUAAUAAAUUAACUGAAUCUCCUCCUCUUUCAAAUCUUGCUAUCGAUUGUUUGCUUAGACAUUUAUGUAUACAGUUGUAGACUAGGUGUAUAAUGUAGCGGCUUUUGUUGUACUAUAUUGGCAUAUAGCCUGCAGUAACUGUUAUGAUAUUCUGUACUUGUAAUGUCGUAUUAUCAUGAAGCUAUAAAUAAGUUGACCUUUUGAGUUUUGAGA